AUGUCGCAAGUACUCGCGACUGUCCUCGCGACAUCGCUCGCCCUCGUCACUCAAUUCCAAGAUACUCUCUCCCCAUCCACCCUCGCGCAGUCCACCCAGACACCUACCAAAGAUGCAAAGGCCCUGCCCCUCCUUUCAGCCUCAUCGAACGCCCUGAAGGCCCAAGUCACCAAGCUUUCACUACUAUCCAUGACUACACCCUUCACGCACUCCGCAGUGACCAACGUGCUCCGCGCCUGCAACGAAUCCGUCCUCCCCUCGUUGUUGACCGCGGCCCUCCUAGUCAACCCCGCCGAGUACACAAAAGCAUUCCACUCCGAGACCCUGGUCCUUGUCAGGAACUUAUUCGCCGAUUUCAACACCCUCUUGAAGCUAGUGAAGGAUAUCUCCGAUAAGAAGAAUGAGGCCAAGAAGGCAGACCCCAAGAAAAAGGAAGAGGACAUCUCCAAGACCGAGAAGGAUGCCUUGACCCUCGCGACUGGUCGCGUGUGGGAUGCAUGCGAUUCGGUAGCCAACGUCGCAAACAACGGUGUCGUGGGAUUCAUCACUGUCCGCGUGGAACAGUGGAGAGAUCUUGUCCGGGAUGCCCUGGAGGAACUUGAGGACUGGGACCCGGAGGAAGAAGACGACUUCUUUGACGAGAUCAUGGGCGAGGAGAAGGACGACGAUAAGGAUGCCGGGUCAGAUGAGGACUCUGACAACGAGAAGGAUGUGGCUGCCAUGCAAGAGCAAAAGAAAAUCGCCAUCCGCUUCCUGAAGCCUAUCGCGCAGAUCUACCCUGCUAUCAUUACCCACCGACUGAAGAAUGCAAAGGAUGCGCCAUUGGCAUCCACGGCAAGCGUUGCGCGAUUGGAAAAAUUGAUUGGCAAUUUGAAGAGCAUUCCUGACCAGAUAGAUGAGGUUGCUGGGGCCUUGUACGAAGAGGAUAUCAGCCGGUCUGUCGGGUUCUUGCAGCAAACAUAUAAGCAUGCUUCACAGGCUGUUGGGCUGGUAACGGCGCCUUGGAACGAGGAAUUACCCGAAGACAAGUUCACAGCCUGGUCGCAGACCUGGUCCAAGGUCAUGGACGAAGUCAAGAAGUCGAUCAGCUCGGAUGCUGCAUCUUUGGAAUAA